UCCAAUAAGUUCACUUUGCCGCGUUGGUGACUCUAUAAAACAAACCCACCGGGUCGGAACUGACCGACUGUUACGUGAGAACGCUAGUCGCAGAACCAUGAAAUCGCUGGUGGUACUUUCGAUCGUGUUGGCCACGGUGGCCACCACCUGCCGGGCCCAAAUCAUCUCUCUUGGCCAGUGCGCAAUGCCCGAGGUUGUGGAGAACUUUAACGUGAGUGCUUACCUGGGAAAGUGGUACGAGAUCGAGCGGUACGAGCAGGUCUUCCAGCGUAACGGAGAGUGCGUUACGGCGAAAUACAGCCUGAACGAUGAUGGUUCCGUGCGGGUUGAGAAUGCUAUGCUGGUGCCGCCGAGCGGCAAGUUCGACAUUGACAUUGGCAGGGCUUUGCUGUCCUUCCCCGACGAGGAUCCGCUGCGGGCCAAGCUGAACGUUAGCUUCGGAGGAAUGCCGCCAAUUGCGUCCAACUACUGGGUCCUGGACACCGACUACGAGAGCUUUGCCUUCGUGUUUAGUUGUUUCCCCGUUGGAAAUACUCUGAAAGGCGACAACUACUGGCUGCUAUCGAGAACCCCCGAGCUAUCGCCGGAAGUUCGGGACCGCGUUGAAGUGCUGAUCGACUUGUACCUGAAUCGACGUCACAUUCGUAGAACCCGCCAUAAUCUGUACUAUUGCCAGGAAAAUAUUGAAACAACCACCGAGGCAGCACCGGAAAGUCCGAAACAGUUUACCAAAAUGGCGGAACGGAGCAAACGAGUCAAUGGUUAAGGGCAAAGCACACUGUGCUAGAUGCUUACACAUUUAGGAAAAAUGACUAUGUUGUACAUAAAUGUUCUGAUCACAAAACA